AUGCUAAUGACCUCUAUAGAUGAAAAUUUACUAGAGAAAGAGGAUAACAUUUUCAUGUUGGUAUUACUAUUUUCAUUCAAGAAGCAGGAGCAAAAAAUAUAUCUUAAAGUCAGUAACUAUCACGUAGAAAUAGUCUCUAACUUGAAGGAUAACUUCAAAAAUCGUUUCAAGGAUUUCAACGAAAUUGCUAUAGUAGCGCAAUUUGUUGUUUCACCCUUCAUGGAAAUUGACAUUCAACAGUUUGCAACUUCUGUUACGCAAAAUUUUAGGGAAGACAUCGCUGCGACAGAAAUGGAAAAUCUGUUAGAUCUAAUUGCAUAUAAAACUAAGAAAUUUGGUGUCAACGCCAUAAAUGUUCUGUGCAACACCUGUAAAGAAUCUAAUACACUCAACUUCAUUAAAAUUGCCGCGAUUAUAGGUAUUAGUGAAAGCCCGAAUGACAGGAAAAGUGAAUUUGUUAAAAACGGAUAGUGGGGUAUCUAUUCCUCGAACUACUAAAUUUGUAGAAAAAGUUUUAAUCCUUUUAAUUAUAUUAAAUAAGAGUAUAUGAAGUGUGUGUCACUAAAUUGAAUUACUAUUUCUGUUCCCAUAAAGACACAAGUACC